GGGUCGCAUGUUACUCGGCGGGCUUCAUAUCCUCGAUGCCGCGGAGCAGGAGCUGGAUGACAUGAUGCUGCAGAGCCCGCUCACCUCCACGCCGUUCUCCGUCAAGGACAUCCUGAAGCUGGAGCAGCAGCAGCGGCAGAGGCAGCAGCAGCAGCGGGGGGCCGCCGGGGCCGGGGCCCUGGAGCUCCAGCACCGGGCCCACACCCAGCAGCACUUGGCCGGGUCUCCUCCUUCUCCUCCUCCUCCUCCUCCGCCGCCGCAGCAGCAUUUCCAAACGCCGCCGUCCUGCAUGCUCGCGGGGACCCGGGACAGCCCUCCCUCCUUCUCGGACGGCGAGGACAACCUGGCCUACCUCAGCGCGCUGGCGGUGCGCGGGGACGAGGAGGACCGUCUGUCCCCGCCGGAGCUCUACGUCCACCACCACCACCACCACGGCUCCAUGCAGCAGGGAGCCAAGCUGGAGGAGGAGGAGGAGCGGGAGAACAAGAGCUGCGGCCUGGUGUCCCGGGAGGAGGAGGCGGCGGCGGCGGCGGAGGGAGGACAAGGCGACGCGGAGCGGCCGGCGCAGAACAAGCAGCGGAGCCGGCGGCGGCCCCGGGUGCUCUUCUCCCAGGCGCAGGUGUUCGAGCUGGAGCGGCGCUUCAAGCAGCAGCGCUACCUGUCCGCGCCGGAGCGGGAGCACCUGGCGACCACGCUCAAGCUCACCUCGAACCAGGUGAAGAUCUGGUUCCAGAACCGCCGCUACAAGUGCAAACGACAGCGGCAGGACAAGUCCCUGGAGGCGGCGGCGGCGGCGGGGCAGCAGCAGCACCACCCGCCCCCGCCCCGGCGCGUCGCCGUGCCGGUGCUGGUCCGAGACGGGAAGCCCUGUCUGGGCGGCGCGGCGCAGGGCUACGCCGUCGCCGGAGCGCCGUACGGAUCCAACCCGUACAGCUACAACGGAUACCCGGCGUACACGUACAACAGCCCCGCGUACAACAGCAACUACAGCUGCACGUACACGAGCCUGCCCGCGCUCCCUCCGUCCGGCGCACCGGCCAACGCCUUCAUGAACAUGAACUUGGGGAACGUGAGCGGCCUCGGCGGCGGCUCCUCGCAGGCCCAGGGGGCGCACCAGGGGACCGCGGUCACACCGUGCCAGGGAUCCCUGCAGGGGAUCCGGGCCUGGUAGACUUUGUUUUUUCAUGGAGCUCUUUCAUUUUUUUGGUUGAAACUUACGAGUGUUUACUUGGUGAGAAACACCAGUGUUGCUUUAUAUAAUGGCUGACUUUGGAUUCACCCCUCGGCUCCUUCAGGUGUUUUCCGAGCGCGCGUAAAGACCUGGACGUUCCCAUGUCUCCGGCUCCGGGGACUUUAGAGUAUCGCUGAUUCCCCCUUUUUGCUUUGGCCACAGGCUGCUGCUGCUGCUGCUGCGCACUUCUCCCCAAAAAGACAAUUUUAUAUAUACAAAAAAAGAGAAAUUGAGUUUGUUUUCAACAUGGUAUAUUCGCUUUAAACUGUGGCUUUUUGUUUUGUUCAACAGAGAAUUGCUUUUAGUCUAUUUCACAUCUAUUUCCAAUAAAUCCAAGAAAUGA